GAGAGGAGACGCCUUAACUCAAGCAGGAAGCCGGCAUACUCAAACCUUCAGCAGUCUCCUGGUCGGACAGCGGCCCCGUAGUGCAGACUGAGGAGAGAUGGGGCACGCGUGGUCCCCGCACCAUGCCCUGCUCGUGGUGUCUCUCACCUGUGUCAUCCUCCAGCAAGCCUGUCGCACAGCGGCAGGCGGUCCGCACGUGGAGAUGCCGCUGUGUGACGGCUGGUACAACAACGCUGCGCACCCGGACUACGGCUCUACCGGAAUGCCUCUGUCCCGGGACCUCCCGCCAGCGUACAGUGAUGACGCGUACAGACCGUCCGGUCCCGACCGCCCCAACCCCCGCCUGGUCAGCCGGGCCCUGGUCAAACAUCUGGCCAACACCGCCACGGACACUGGUCGGACUGUCCUGUGUGUCUUCUUCGGUCAGCAUGUCGUGGAUGACAUUGCGGACGUUCGCAGCAUCGCCUGCCCCGCGGAGUAUAGCAACAUAGCCCUGCAACCAGGGGACCCCCUGCACAGCUCCGCGGAGUCUGACAGUACGGAGAAGAUCAUGCCCUUUCAGAGAGCUGUGUACAGAGCUGGGACGGGAACGUCUGCCAACAAUCCCCGACAACAGGUUAAUGCAGCAACGUCGUGGCUUGACGGCAGCGCCAUCUAUGGGGUGUCAGAGGCAUGGCAAGACAGGUUGCGAUCUUUCGUCAACGGGAGCCUGCGAGCAAGUCAUGGCGGGAAGCUGCCGGGCACGAAUGCCAUGGGGCUCCCCAUGCAGAACCUGCCGUCCCCCAAGUACCAGCGAAUUCACAAGCCGGAUAAACUUUACGCCCUUGGGAACGUGCGUGGGAACGAGAACCCGUUCCUGUUGGCGGUCAGCACCGCAUGGAACCGCUGGCACAACCACUGGGCACAUCGCAUCCACACGCAACACCCUGACUGGACGGACGACCAGGUGUUCCAGCAAGCCAAACGAUGGGUGGUGGCUACCUACCAGAACAUCGUUUUAUAUGAAUGGCUGCCAGCUUUUAUCAACGAUACCGUGGAGCCAUACACAGGGUACAACCGGUUCGUGGACCCGUCCCCGUCUAACGUGUUCACGGCUGCAGCCAUGCGGUAUGGACACUCCAUGGUGCCGUCAGCCGUCUUCAAACGAAACUCCUCUGGAGACGCGAUGGCCAUUCGCACUUGUAACACCUACUGGAAUGUGGAGGACGUGAUCCAGACUGCUGAGGACGUGGACGGCCUUCUGUCAGGCAUGGCUGGUCAGAUCGCAGACGGCGGGAGGAACAUCGUAUCAGAGGACCUGCAAGGUCGACCUGGACAACCACGUCCAGCUGCCAUGAUGAUGCUGUCUGACCUCAGUACCCUGUACGGCUCCGUGGACAGGCUGGACGUGUGGGUGGGAGGGAUGCUGGCGGGGGCUGGAGCCGGCGCGCCGGGACAACUCUACAGGACCAUCAUCAAACAACAGUUCUUACGUCUCCGAGAUGCUGACCGCUUCUGGUUCGAGAACUCACAAACAAGUGGUUUCAGCGACGACGAGCUGAACACUAUCCGCGGCAUCAAGUUCAAAGACAUCCUCAGUCACGUGACAGAUGUCCCGUCUGCGCAGCUGCAGGAUGACGUCUUCUUCUGGAAAAAUGAUGGUAACGGGUCUCCCCUUGAGGUGGACCCUGCCGACUUGGAGCCGUGUACCGGCAGGACGACCUUCAGCUACUUUGACAACGUAGACUGGGUCACGUUCGGCGUCACCGUCAUCGUCCUGUGUCUGUUUCCUCUCGGUUGCGUUUUCGUCAUCAUGGUGGCAGCGUGGAGAAACGAACUCCGGACAGAGAGGCGAAUGCAGACUCCCAAAAAACUGGACCUUCCUCCUAGCGCUUAUCAGGCAACGGAAUGGCAGGGCAGGAGAGUCCCCACCAGGCAGGUUGUGGUGAAACUGCAGAGCCCGUCUCUGAUAGAGGUCAGGGACACGAGAGACACCGUCGUCCGUCUGGUCAACAUCGCGAAGAUCGCCCGAGGGAUCAUCCUCGUGUCCACGGACAGGGGCUGCAAGUUCCUGUCCAUCCACAUCCCCAGGGAAUACGACUUGGUUCUGAAGUUCUCCAGCCACCACGAGCGGGAGACGUUCCUGUCGGACCUGAAGCAGUUCCUGGCCACCCAGCAGGUGCCCGUGGAACUGCAGGAGGUUGAGCUGGGCCAGCUGCAGAAACAGGCUGUCACCAUCGAGGACCGACAGAAGACACUGGAGGACUUCUUCUGCAGCGUUUUUCUACAGGCGUUGAGUAGUUCCCGUGCCAUCGAUGACUGGGUGGUGCAGCCUGAGAAGUGGAAGGCCAAGAACGCUCUGGACUGUGAGCUUACUAAGGUGGAGUUUGCCGAGGCCAUGUCCCUCCGCCCGGACUCUCAGUUCGUGGUGCAAAUGUUUGACCUCGUGGACAAGGACAAGAACGGCUACAUCUCAUUCCGGGAAUUCUUGGACCUGGUCGUCAUCUUCUCUAAGGGAACCAUGGAGGACAAACUCCGCGUCAUGUUCGACAUGUACGACCUGGAAGGGAACGGUUAUCUGAGCAGGGACGAACUGUCCAACAUGCUGGGCUCGUUGAUGGAGCUGGUGAGUAACAACACCACGGGGCGGAUAGAGGACCUGGUGGAGUCGAUGUUCGCGGAGGCGGGGAUGGACGGCGAGCAGGACAUGAGCUUCGACAAGUUCGUGUCGAUGAUGCAGGACCACAAGGAGGAACUGAACCAGGCCCGGCUCAACAUAGCGGGAAGUGACUGGACGACUCUUCGUCCCACCCGAACCAGCGCUCCGAAGGAGACCGGCAGACGGCGGAGUUCUUCGGUGCUUCCGAAGGGACCCUGGCGGCUGAGGAGGGCCAGUGCGCCCGUGGUGUCCAGCAGCGACGUCGUCUCUGCCGCUCGACGAAAGACGUCACCGAAGUUGGAUCCCAUCAAUUCUGUACCUGAUACAGACAUGGCAGACGGUGACAUCGUCAUAUCCAGUGAUGCCGCGACAGUUCCCAACGGCAAGCGCAGGUCGACCGGCCGUUCGUCCUCAGACAUCAAGGUAAACCUCCUGAGAGAGGCGUACCCCACCAGCGCUUACCAGAGGAAGAUGCAGGCCUUUAAACGAUGGGUGGAGAACAAGAGGCUACAGAUCCUGUACCUCAUCUUCUACUUCUUUAUCACAUUCGCCUUGUUCGCAGAGAGAGCAUACCAUUACGCGGUUGAAGCCGAGGACUUCGGGAUCCGUCAGCUGACCCAGUACGGCAUCAUCGCGAGCCGGGGCGCGGCCGCCUCCAUGUCCUUCUCCUUCAGCCUGCUUCUCCUCACCAUGUGCAGGAACAGUCUCACCAAACUACGCGAGACUUUCCUCAAUAGGUACAUCCCCUUUGACUACGCCGUGGACUUCCACAAGAUCGUUGCCAUCACAGCACUUGUAUUCACAAUUCUCCACACGCUUGGUCACCUGGUGAACGUGUACCACUUCGCCGUCCAUCCGCUCAACCACCUGGUCUGUCUCUUCCCGUCUCUCAGGGGCUUCGACAACGGAUCUGACCAACCACCGAAGUGGUACUGGUGGGCAUUUCAAACAAUGGCAGGUGUGACCGGUGUGCUGUUGCUCCUGGUGGUGUCCAUCAUCUACGUGUUCGCCACGGGGUACGCCCGGCGGCGGGCCUUCAGCGCCUUCUGGGCCACGCACCAGCUGUACAUCGUCCUGUUCAUCCUCACCGUCCUGCACGGCAGCGGCAGGCUCAUCCAGAACCCCAACUUCCACUUGUAUCUGGUUGGUCCGGCCAUCAUCUUUACCCUGGACAAGCUGGUGAGCAUCAGUCACAGGCGGCAGCUGGUCGACAUCGUCAAGACGGAACUCUUACCUUCAGAUGUGACCAACAUCCAGUUCAAACGUCCAGACGACUUUGAGUACAAGUCCGGUCAGUGGGUGCGCAUAGCCUGUCCGGAGCAGGGUCCGAACGAGUACCACCCCAUGACGCUGACCUCCGCCCCGCAUGAGAGCACCCUGAGUGUCCACGUGCGAGCGGUCGGGCCAUGGACGGCACAGCUCCGUCGGACAUACGACCCUGAAAACCUUUCUACUGGGACCCAGAAGAUUUUCCUGGACGGUCCGUUCGGAGAGGGUCACCAGGACUGGUACAAGUACAAGGUCGCCGUGCUGGUGGGCGGCGGGAUCGGCAUCACGCCAUUCGCCUCCAUUCUGAAAGACGUGGCCUACCUGUCCUCUACCGGAGCAAACAUGAACUGCAAGAAGGUGUACUUCCUGUGGGUGACGCGGACCCAGCGCCAUUUUGAGUGGUUCAUCGACAUCAUCCGUGAGGUGGAGGAACAGGACCGGCGCGGGCUGGUGGCCGUCCACAUCUUCAUCACACAGUUCUUCGAGAAGUUCGACGUACGGACAACCAUGCUGUACAUCUACGAGCGUCACUUCCAGCGGCUGUCAGGGCGCAGUCUGUUCACCGGCCUGCGGGCCACCACGCACUUCGGCCGGCCCGAGUUCGUCAGUCUGCUAGACUCCAUACAGCACCAGAACCCGGAGGUUAAAAAGAUCGGAGUUUUCAGCUGCGGUCCUCCCGGCAUGACCAGGAAUGUCGAAGAUGCAUGCGCACAACUGAACAAGAAAGACAUGGCGCACUAUGUCUCCUACUACGAGAAUUUCUGAUCUACUUUUCACCGCCCGAGAGCUGGAAAUUGUUUCCAUUGUUUGCUAACGUACAUGCAGUACUCGUAUGUGUGUUGCUAGUUUCUACAUGUUUGUACUAGGGGAAAAUGUUGGGACAAUCACGUAACGCUGUAUUUUCUUACUUUAAUCCAUUGUCACACACUUAUAACUUUGGCCUCCCGAACGCUAGCUACAGCCGAACGCCCCCAACCAUACAUGGUUGGUCGGUCUGGGCAAAGUCGGCUGCUGGGUCGUCUGGCCAUUACGGCUGUUAUUCGGCUGCCGAAUGUUUCAAAAUGUUUAAAA